AUGAUACGUAAGUACAUCACCAGGCAACGAAGUGUUUCUUGGCCGAAAAUCAUCAUCGCAUCGGGUUUAGGCGUUUUGGGCGGUGUGUACAUUUGGAAACCGUUUUUCGAAUCGUUAGAUUCUGAACGCCCUCAAAAAACCAAGGUUAGUCAAUUGAUAACAGCAUUAAGUGAAAGACCCGGCUAAAUAUACGUUCAUUCUAUGAAACCAUCAAUAAACUAUACCUAUUUUAUGUAAUUUAAUUUGGGUUAAAUAUUGGAUCCUCGUCUUUACUUUGAAAUCAGUAAAACAUUGUCUUUUUCCCCCAAAAGCCACUAUCACAUCAUAUUGGUUAUUUGAAAAACUCCAAAUGCUCUUUUACAAUCCAUAUAUCAUAUUAGUUAUCAUAGUUAGUAUUUAGGGUUGGUUAGUUUUGCUCAAGUAUUGAGAAGUUGCAUCGAUAAAUGACAUGUUGACAAUCACACUGUUCAGGGUUCCUCUAUACUCGCCGAUAAUUUUCAAAAAAUGUCUGUAAUUUCUUCAAUAAAAUAACAUUAGACAGUACUGCUUUUCAAGUAAAUAUAAUAAUACUCCUAGUAGGUUUAUAAUCAUCCCUGAAGUAAUACCAACCCAGUUCCAGGUCUGUUGUCGAUUCAAAAGCAGAAAAAAAAAAAUGUUUAUAAUACAAUCAAUUUCAGUAAUAUUAAUUGUCGUAUGACUUAUUUGUAAUAUUUUUAUUGCCCUAUUUACAUACCUAUAUUUGAUUUCCUAACAAAAAUUAUAAUUAAGAAAUAAAAUAAAUUUGAAACAUAGUUAAAAACCAGAAACUAUCCGUGUUUUCCUUACUUCUGCAAAACAUUUUUUUUACGGAAAAUAUAUCAUUAGGCUAUUCUUUUGAAUGGUUUAUAUAAAAUAUUACCAAAAUAAACAAAAAAAAUUUUAAACUAAAACUGCCAUUCAAUAUAUCAUAUGUAUUGGCUAUUUAUACGAAUACUAAUUAGUACUCAUUUAUAAAGUAAUAUUUAUUUUAUUACUGGUUAUUCAUUUAUUAUAUUUUUGUCCCAAUUUGUUUAUAAUAAUGGAUAUUAUUUAGUAUAUUACUUUAAUUAUUGAUCAGUUUAAACCAAUUAUUUUAUUUUAUACAUUUUUCCAGAAUAAUGAAUAAAAAUCCACGAACACUACAGCCAGGUGGUAACUUAAGAAGUAAUUUCAAUAAAAUAUUAGCAGUUGUUGGUAUAGGAUGGUUGGCAUCCAUGGUAAUAGUUCGGUAUGUGAUCAAACCAUGGAAAUUAGAAACUCGAAUGAAACAAAAUGAAGCCAUUAUGAAUCAACUUUAUGAUGAGCAAGUUCAACAAGAAAUGGAAAAAGAAAUAUUGGAUAUAUGA